CGAGACAGCCAGACUCACGCCCCCAGUCCCCUUCACAAGCCGCCACAGCCACACGCGACGCGCCGUCGCGCCCCCAGUCCCGCCGGCCGUCGCAGCGCCGGUCGUCACUCCCCUCCCCGUCGAGGCGGCGACACCUUCCCUUCCCCUCCCCGUCCCCGUAGCCACCUCACCUCCCCGUCGUCCCCGCCGGCUCACGGCUCUUCAUCUCGUCGGCGGCUCACGGUUCGACGCCUCGACGCACACGAGCGGGACCCCUCCGGCCUCCGCUCUGGCCCUGCAUCGUCGUCAAGUCCGGCGCGUCGGUCGUCCGCAGUGUUGCACGACGUGGGUGUCGUCAAGUCCGGCACGUCCGUCGGCCGGCGCGUCGAUUGAGCGUAUCAGCAUGACCGAAGCUGAGAAUCAAAUGGAUAUGGAGGAACCUGAGAAUCAAAUUGUGUCAAUGGAGUUCUGCUCAGGUUCAUCACAUGAGGAGUUUGGUUCGGGUUCACAGCCAUCACAUGUGGAGUUCGGCUCUGGUUCACAGCCAUCACAAACUUCGCAUGCACAGACAACAGCAACAAUACCUGAAGAUCCAAUUGAUGUUGACAAGGAGCCUGUGAAAGAGCAGGGAAGGAGGGCGAUGGCAGACCGGUCAGAGUGGUGGGGGCACUUCAUCAAGAUCAAAGACAACAAUGAUGUGGUGAUUGCUGCUAAGUGCAAGUACUGCUCACGGCAAGUGAAGGCUGAAACAGAUAGACAUGGUACAUCUGGAAUGAAGAGGCAUUUCAAUGUUUGCAAGAGGAAUCCUCACAAGUUCAACAAAGAUCCAACACAAGGGACCAUCCAAGCAACUUAUGGAGGUGCAGUUGGGACUUGGAAGUUCGAUCCAGAUGCUAUUAGGAUAGCUUUUACUGAGAUGAUCAUUGCAGAUGAGUUGCCAUUUGCUUUUGGUGAGAAGGCAGGCUUUAGAAAAUUUAUGUCCAUAGCUUGCCCACGUUUCACUGUCCCAUCUAGAAGAACAACCACUAGAGACGUUGUCAAGAUGUUUUUCAAAGAGAAGGCGAGGCUGAAGAAAUUCUUCAAGGAUUCUUGUCAAAGAGUUUGUCUAACAACAGAUUGUUGGACAUCUCAGCAGCUAGAUGGUUACAUGACUGUGACAGCAAGUUUUAUUGAUGAAAGCUGCUAAUGUGUAUGAGAAAGUGUUCACAAGGUUAGGUGAAGAGGACUUGACCUACAAGUUUGACCUGUCCGAGGAGAAUGAUGGUUAUGGUUGCCCAGAAGAAGCAGAUUGGGAGAAUGCAAAGAAGAUGGAGGAGUUCCUAGGCCACUUCUACGAUCUAACUACCCGUGUAUCUGCUACACUUCAUGUCACUUCAAACACAUUCUUCCAUGAGAUUGCAGAAGUUCAUUUGUUGAUUAAAGCUUGGUUAGAAAGUGAAGAUGCUUUGCAAGUUGCUACGGGGCAAAGAAUGAAAGAUAAAUUUGACAAGUAUUGGGGACUUUGGCACAUUAACGAUAAGAACAAGGAGAGCAUGAAUGAGAAGGGCAAGGGAAAGGGAAAAGGAAAGGAGAAGGAGAAGGAGAACAUAAACUUGAUGAUUUUUGUUGCAUCUAUUGUUGAUCCAAGAUACAAACUAUCUCCAUACACACAUGCAGUAAUUGAAGAAAUAUUUGGACAAGAAAGAGGACUGCUAGUUUGGGCAGCAGUUACCACAUGUGUGAACGCUCUGUUUGAAGAGUAUACAAAGUUGUAUGCUCCUGCUGAAGUAACAGCUGAAGUGGAAGAUUCAACCACAUCAAAGGGAGGACGCCAAGGCAUGCUAAAAGAUGUCAUUGCAAAGAAGUUGAAGAUGAACAAUGGUGCAAGUAGCAACUCCAAGUCCGAGCUUGACAAAUAUCUAGCUGAAGAUACUGAAGAUGUGGAGAUGAAGUUGGACAUUCUUGCUUGGUGGAAGAUCAAUGAAAGCAGGUUUCCAGUGUUAGCUCACUUGGCACGUGAUGCGCUUGCUAUUCCAAUCUCGAGUGUUGCAUCAGAGUCUGCCUUCAGCACAAGUGGACGGAUUUUAGAUGACUUCCGUACCUCCCUUACUCCUUUUAUGCUGGAAGCUCUAGUUUGUGGACAAGAUUGGCUUAGAAGGACUACUCCAAUUGAUAUCCAGGAGAGUAUGGAGGAGCUAGCUGUGAUUGAAAAAGAGCUUAUUGAAGAAUUUGGUGGCCUGCACAUUAGCAAAGGAAAAGCUGAUAAAAAGAGGGCAUGCAUUAGCAAACCUGUUGAAAGCAUGUCCAUUUCCAAACCUGGAACAUGAUCUUUGUAUGUUCAAGCCGUGGAGGUGGACUUGCUGCUCACUAAGGACUGGAGGUGGACGUGGCUUUGAUGCUCACUUGCUGCAAUUUGUUUGGUUGGUUUGAAGUUGGGUGCUGGCUUGCUGGUUCUUGGUGCAUUGGUGGUGUACUGUUGCUCACUGUUUGAGUGUCUGUUUCAAACUUAAAAUUUCUGUCAUGUGCAUGUGGUGAACUUGUAAUGCUGCUUUGUUUCCUGGACUACGUACUAUUGUGCUACUGCAGUACUGCUACUUGUUUGUUGUUUCUUAUGCCCUUAUGCUAUAUCUCUUGUUGAUAUGUUGAA